CCCAAACAACUGAAAACUUCAAACAAAACCAAACAGAAAACAAAGCCUGAGUGUGGAGCUCAGUGCUAGUGUAUUUACUGAGCAUGCUUAGUAUUAGAUUUGAUAUCCCAGCAACAUUAAAAUGUCAGUAGUAAGACAACCAUGUAUGAAAUGACGUCAGUGCUACCAGUAAACAUUAUCUAUGAAUUAAAAAGCUAAAAGUUAAUACCAAAAGUUUCACAGUGGACAUGAGAGCCCUUCAAAGUAUCCUAAAACACACUUAGCUGUAAUAAGCACAAUUCAAAAACAAGUAUUUAUUUUUCAAAUAGUAGCUUAAGAGAAAAUUUCCAAGAGUUUAUUACAAAACCAGGGGCAGAGGAGCAUCAGCUCCUCUCUUUGUUAGUGGUUUUACAUUCUCCACAGAUGUGCUGUCUUCACAGUCUUCAAAUGUCCAUUAUGAACAUGAUUUGCAGCAUCUGGCAUGGUGUGUUGGUUCUUCCCUUUGCUGUCAGAAUUUGCUUGCAGGGGCAGAAAAUCAUGAACUUGAGUAUCACUCAAGAGGCGAGUCAGUUCUGCCUUUUCUCUUGGAGCCUCUGAUGGAUAUAAACCAAGGAACGCCAACUUCUCCCCCAACUGGGGAUCAGUUCUCUCCACCAGAAUCGAUUCCUGGAAGAGGCAAAGGUUUGCAGAAUGGAGGAAGGUCCGAUGAGACUCAAGGGCCCAGAGAAGCUGGCCAUGGAAAGUGUUUAGUUCCAUGGCACCUCAUUGCAAUACCCCUGGGAGUCCUUUGUUCCAUUCUGCUGGUGACAGUUGCAGUGUUGGUGACACACAUUUUUCAGUAUAGUCAAGAAAAACACGAACUGCAGAAAACUCUAAAUAAUCUCCAUCAAGAGUACAGCACCACGCAAAAUGAGAGCUACUUAAGAGAAGAAAUGUUGAGAAAUAAGUCUAAACAGUAUGAUGCCCUCAAAGACCAUCUGGACUCCCUCAACAGAAAAGAGAACAGAUGCCAUGAGGAAAAUAAUCUUGUUCCAGAUUGCCUACAGCGCACAGGCACAAAUGUUGAAGGACACUGGUUCUGCUAUGGCGUAAAAUGUUAUUUCAUCAUGGACAAUGAACACUGGAGUGGAUGUGCAAAGACCUGCCGGGACUGCAGCUUAUCCCUUUUGAAGAUAGAUGAUGAUGAUGAACUGAAGUUACUAAAGUCCCGGCUUACUAAAAACAGUUACUGGAUUGGAUUAAAAUAUGAUGAAAAGAGUCAGGAAUGGCAAUGGAUUGGCGAUGGCUCAUCUAAAGUUAAUUUGAUGACAAAAUCAUUGAAGGGACGUAGAGGCUGUGCAUUUCUCAAUUUUGGAGGUAUACGUCGUGAUGACUGUCAUAUAAAGCACCCCUGUAUCUGUGAAAAGGGAAUGGAUAAAUUCCCUGAUUGAAUUGUACAAUGUGAAGGAAUUGUAAAAUGUGUGAAGGAAAAAUAAAAAUGGAACAUUUUGUCAUA